UUGACACACACUGCACUGUUUCACUGUUUGUGCAGAGUUUCAUUCCGAUAUCUAGUAAAAUACCUAAAUUUUUCCUCAAGUUAUCGUUGUCAUAGAAUGACGGAGGGACAUCCGAAAAUCAACACUGCAUAUGUGAGACGUUCCGAGAGAAAUAGUAAAAAACAGAUGUAAGAUUACAUUCACAAAGGCUUCUAAAGAAUGUGUUCCUACGCCUAAAGCCGGUAUAAAAACUGUAGUAUAUAUACAUAGCAUUUAAUGGAAUGGAAUGUGAAUGUAAAUACUCAAGGAAUUGACCAAAAAUUGCUGCUUAUUUACUUGGCAACGGACAAUGUUUGUAAAGUAAACAAAAAUAACUUUUUAAGCGGAAACAAAGAAUUAGUUAAUCAUUUGGAUCAGCAAUGAAUACAACAAGCAGGACUGGCUUAGUGCCAGCUAAGAAGAGAAAUUUUAUUAAAAAAGAAAAGCGAAAUAAAUUCACUGAUGGCUUACCGCUCAAAUUUGAAGCUUCACCAAUGGUACUCUCACUACGACCACUGGGUGGACUGUUUAAUCCAUUUGCCAAAGGCUGUUCGGUACUCUGUAAUCAUCCGGCACCAACAGACUUGAAAAAUAUUAUAAACCAAAUGAAGACUACGCUGACAGUGGAUGGUAAAAGUGUACCGCUGCAGAAAGAUAAAAACAUUGUGACACCACUCCAUGACACUGAUAACAUACCAGAGGACCUUUUCCGACGUUACACGGACACUGACUCACGUCCGCUGACGCCAACACCGACAGUUACCAGUGUACACACUCGAAAUAGCACCAGUUCAUUCUUGAACAAUCGGCGCUGUAUAACACCAGAAUUGGGUAAAAAUGAGAUAAUCAAGAGGAAAAAGAUUAUAUUGGAUCUGCGUAGAACACACUCACAAGAAACGCUCUAUUGGAAACCCUCAUCGGAUAUGUCACAAAGCAACACCGACACCGGUGGAUUUAAGCCUAAAAGUGCCGGUGCCAAUGAGGAGCGCAAAAAUAAGCACUUACGCAACGAAGAACUGCGCCCUAAUACUUCCUUGGGUAAUGUACCAGUUGGUGAAGGCGUAAAAAAUGUGGAAGGAGUGGAAAUCAAGAAAGUACAAACUUGUAUUAACGAACAACAUAUAGACGAUGAGGACAUUCGUCGUGGCAAAAAGAGAAAGAAAUUAAAACCCACGACAACGACAACAACUACAUUUCAUCUCAGUGAAGAUCCAGAAACACAAGUUGCUGCACUCGGUCCGGACUCACUGAAUCCCAGUACGCGUCCAAGUCUUAUACCCAAUGCAGCGAGUUUGCUGCCGGGCAAAGAGAAACGUGAUAGUGAUCCCAUAUUUUUAAAAGGCAGUUUUCUAACAGACGAAGCUUUCCAAGCACUGAAAACGGAAUUGGAUAUCGAUCUUAUCGAAAAUACAUUCGAUAAAUAUCUGAACCGCGCUUUACGUGAGGCUUUUAAAUAUUUACCGGAAAAGAAAUCAAAGCCAAACAAGCGAGUUGUGGAAAAUCAAGAAAAUCCUUCAUUCACAUACACAGCCAAAUUGCCACGUAAGCUUUCUAGGUCAGCCACUAGAUUUGAUGUACCGUUAGAUCCGAAAUUGCUGGAAGAAAUGACCGUUUUAGACUACCUCAGCAAAUAUGUUUGGGUCUCCAACCAACGAAAGCAACUUUUCAAAAGAGUUUUCCUACAAUAUUUGCCAACUGAAGUAGUUGAACAUGAUGAUACAACAGACAAUAUGGCAAAGAAUGAUGGUAAUGCCGAUGACGACUCUUUGCCGGUACUAAACGAGUACGUUGAACGUAAAAUACCGCUAACAUGCUUUCCGAAAGCGUUAGAAGACGUUCUGGAAUUUUAUGGCACCGAGAAGAAUAUAGCGGAAAUAUUACGUUUAAUAGAUUAUGAGAAGGAAAAAUCCACUAAAGAAAUUGAUUUUCGUACAUGGUGUGGCGUUGUGUCAUUUGCCGAACGGUUGGCUCUGGAAAAUCCCAAUGGUGCGGACUCAUCUGAUGAGUUGGAAAAGGCGGACUUUGGUAGCUUAGAAGAGAGGUUACCACAUUUUGCCAUACCAGAAAACUUAUUGGAAGUCUUGAAAAUAAUUCGAUCAACACACAAUGUAUAACACAGAUGAGAACAAAAUGAUGUGAGUUUUCCAUUUAACAAUAAUCCAUGGUUUGGUAUCCAUGUCUGCAGAAAACCGUAUACAGUCUGUUAAGUAUGACCAAACAAGAAUCAAUAAUUUUUCCACCCGUUAAUUUAUUUUUAAAUCAAUAAUUUUAUUAAAUAUCAAAAUUCAAAUGGACCACGAGGAAUUUAUAGACUUUGUUUUCAUGCAAAAUAAAUUUGUA